GACUCUUUGCUCAGCUAGAAAGUUUGGUUUUCUCCUCAUGCAGCGGUAUAUGUAGCUUAUGAUUUGGGAACCGUGGCUUCUUGCAUAUUUUUUUAAACAUUACAUUUUCUGGUCAUUUUUGAGUUUUUCUAGAAAUUACUAAUGUGAGAAUAAUGUCGAGAUUCUGUCAGAUAGUGAUUGGUCCUGCAGGCAGUGGAAAGUCUACAUAUUGCAGCAACCUCAUGCGUCAUUGCGAAGACGUAGGACGACGAAUCAACAUCGUAAAUUUGGACCCGGCUGCCGAAUUUUUUGAUUACACUCCUGAUGUGGAUGUGAGAGAAUUAAUUAGCCUAGAAGACGUUUUAGACGACGAAGAUGAAUCUAUUAAGUUUGGACCGAAUGGAGGUUUAGUAUUUUGCAUGGAGUUUCUAAUCGAAAAUCUAGAAUGGCUCGAUUCACAAUUAGGCGAAGGCGAUGAUGAUUAUUGGGUUUUUGACUGUCCAGGACAAAUUGAACUGUACACUCAUUUAGACGUGAUGAAAACUUUGAUCACACAUUUGCAAAAUCAUCACAAUUUCAGAUGCUCAGCUGUUUGCAUGUUUGAUGUGCAAUGUAUUACAGACAGUGCUAAGUUCAUAGGCGGUUCAAUGGCCGCAUUAAGUUCAAUGACUAAACUUGAAGUACCCUUCGUGAAUGUUUUGAGUAAAGUUGAUUUACUAGACGUUGAGCAAAAGGAAAAUUUAGAUGGUUAUCUGGAUCUAAUGGAAUCGCAUCAUGAGUUGCUAAAACACCUGAAUAAUGAGAACAAAGGCGACCAAUUCAUGACGAAGUACAAAACAUUAACUACCUCAUUGGUUAAUUUGCUGGAUAGUUAUGGUCUGGUUGGUUUCCAUACAUUGGACAUGAGCGAGGAAAAUUCAAUGGCUGAUCUUUUGAUGUUGAUCGACUCCCAAAUCCAGUAUGGCGAAGAUCUGGACGUGAAAGACAACUACCCAGACGACGAAGGAGGAUAAAGAAAGAUUUAUGUUUUUUUUUUACUGAAAUUUAGCGUGUGAAUUGAAUUCUUACCUUAAA